AUGGACGCCAAAAUCACGGAUGAUGGAAAAAAAGAUAGUGCGCAAAGGGCCGCUGCCUGGAGGUCACCAGGGCGCAACUGGAGCUGGCGCUGGACGCGACAGCAUGCCAGCAGCCGAGCGCGGGGUGCUGCAAGACCACCUAGCAGCGCCCCGCAUCCAUCAUCCCCACCAGAAGGCUUGAUGUCGGCUGGGUCUUCUCGGACUCAGCAAGCGGCACCCGCCGCUGGUGGAGCACAUCGCAUGCGUUGGUCACAAUUAAUGAACGCAAACGCACUGCGGGCGUACUUUAGGGCAAAAGGGGAAGAAACUGGAUGUUUGGCGUAUCGGGCUCGGAUGCAUCGCUUUUUUGCAGAGCUGGAGCCAUCUGUAUCCGUCACUGAGCAAAACCUGGCAGACCGAGUUCGGUACAUCCUGCGCUCCAACAUAUUUGGUAACGCCGAACUCGAACGACUACGACGUGAGGCUGUUCCCUCAUCGAAUGGAAAUGCUAUGGCUGGGAAUGCGGCGCCACUAGAUGCGCAGCAAACUGCACAUGUGGAUGCUGCCGUGAAUAUUCCAUUUGUGGUUAAUUCAGACGAUGAUGGAAUAGUCUCCCACGAACUAGAGAAAAUGAGGAGCAUAUUGGAAGAGUCGAUGCUGGAAGAGUGCGAAGAUGCUGAUCUGCUGCUUUUAUUGUUGACUGAAACAUCUCUCAAUGUAAUGUAUUUUGGAGAAGAAGAGGAUGUUAAUGACAAUGAAGACGAGGGAGAUUCUGCAAUAGGAGACACGGAAAAAUGUGAAAAAUUAAAUUAUAAUGAGAAUAUAGUAGCUUUUAUUGAAAAAAGAGAAUUGACAAGGAAUAUAAAACCUUUAGUAUGCAGUAAUAUUUUAUUGGAAAAAAUUACAUCUAAUUAUAUCAUUGUAAAGCAGAUUAUUAGUAACCUAUCUUGGCAAGAUAAAGCUAUGUGCAAACUUGUAUGUAACAAUUGGUACUCUGCUGUACAAACAUUACAAAAAGAGCAAAUAUCACCUGAAGACUUUGUUAUAGACUUGUGUUGUUCCCUUAAAAGUGGAGGUGGGAAAGGAUGGUUUAAAAAGUCUGGAAUUUUUUACACAGAGCCUUUGGUAAUUCUUACAUUUGCAAAUACAGCUGGUUUCAGUGCUGUGUGUAAAUGUAAGGUUAUUCAACCAAGGCCUUGUGAACAACAUUGUGAGAAAGAGCACUGUUUGAUAGACUUGAUAAAUUGUCAUGUUAAUGCUCCAAAAAAUUGUAUGCUGACUGUUAAAGCUAACUACUUGGUGUAUAGACCACAACCUCAUUCAAAUACUUAUGGACACUCAAUAACACAUUACAAAUACACAUGGACCAACCCUUUCAUUGCUGGAAUAUUUAUACCUAAGAUCCCAGAUGUGAGUUUUCAAGUUCUAAAUAUUAGAUCUCAGAAUAGUUUACAGCAAGAGUUUUAUGACGUGGUUGAUAAAUUAUCAAAAGAACAUGUAAUUAAAGGUGUCCUUGUUUAUGUUACUGAGAAAUAUUUGUUGGAUUCUGUUGAAGACAUUGUUUUUUUGAAUUAUUUUAAAGAUGUGCAACCAAAUGUUCCCUAUGCUCUCGGAGGUUGUAUUGUGGAAGACACUAUGUCAGAAAAUAGUGAUAUUAAUUUACUAGUGGACAGUUUGAAUGAAGGUGCUGAUUUUAUAAGUGAGAACUUGCUGUCUAUUGGCUUGUUUACUAUACCAAAGACAUCCAAUAAUAAUGAGUACAAUUUCGAAAUGUACUCUUUUAUAAUUGAAUCAUCAGACUGGACUAAACCUAAGAUACAGCAGUCAGUUACAGAGUUUUCAAAAAAAGUACCUCGGUUUGAGCAUAGCAUUGCUCUAAAACUUUCAUGUGUGGGUCGCGAUCAGAAACAUGUGCUGGAACAAGAUUGUUUCCGAGCUGUUUUUCCGAACACAACAAUAGUGGGUUGUUAUGGCAAUGGUGAGUUAGGCAUUCACCACCCAGCAAGACCAGAGCCUGAGGCCCUGUCGAAUGCUACAAAAAGACACCGACGGGACUCUGGACCUCAGUUUGGAAUUAUGUAUUCAUACUCAACAGUUUUUGUUUAUAUUGGAUGGGGUAAAAUAAUAUCACCACAAGGACCUCUUUGA